AUGCCACAGAGAGCCGCAACCGCGAUAGCCGGUCCCCAAGUCAACAGGUCCCCUAGGGGCGACGCGUGGCGGGAGCGCGGCAGCUGGCGUUCCUCCCGCCACCAAGGAAAGACCUUGAACGCGCCGGAUGCCCUGGAAAGUGGGCGCCGAAGCGAGCGCCCCCGGAGUAGUAGACCCCGCGACGCGCUCGGCGGGCCCGGGAAAGUUGCCGCGCAGCCCCGCCUCCCGCCUUGGGCUCGGUCUCCCCGGGGGUCCGGCCACCUGCUGCCAGCGAGGAAGCGCGGCCGCCCACUCGGGCCACCCGGGACCCCGGCGCGGACGGAAGGGGCGGGCGGAGUGACCGACCUUGGGCGCCGCGCUCGGCCGCCCUGGGGGGCAACUGAGGCUCCGCUCGCGAGCCCCUCAACCGGCCGCGAUUCCACCUCAGACGCCGCGGGGACCCGCCCGGCUCUGGCUCCGGCCACGACCCCAACCCCGGUCCCGGCCCCGGCCCCGGCCCCGGUCCCAGCCCCGACCCGCUUACCUGGCGUGGGCAGGGCAGGACAGGGCAGCGCGGAGCGGACAGCGUUGGACACGGGCCGGGAACCAAGCGCAGGUGGAGACAGCAGCGUCUCCACUGGCGGUCGCUACAGUUGCCGCUCAGACGAGCUCCUCCUCCGCCGCCGCCCCCGCCUGCCCACGGGGUCUCCCGCGUUGCCAGGAGAGGCCGCUCCGAGGCUGGGCUGCGGAGUCUCCAGAAUUGGAACAAAAAUCAAAACAACAACAAUAACAACAACAACAACAGCAAAAACAGACUCACAUAGAAGACUGGACGAGAAACAGACUUCUGGAAACAGACUUGCCAGCAUUUGAUCCGGAAAUAAAAGGCUACAAAGAGCCAGGAACAUGCGGACUGCAGGUGCAUUAUAUUUGUCAAACUUGUAAGAACUCAACCAGAUGGCAUCCGGCAAAAAAGAAACAAAAUGAACACAACAGACUGUCACGUAACCUGAGAACGGGUGUGACAGGUGAAACCUGAAGGUGCUUUCCUGUUGCUGCUGUCACUUCCUGAUGCCUGCGCUUCCCUCCCACCCCUCCCCUAGCAUUUUCCCUCCCUCCUUCCCUCUCCAUUUUAAGCUGCAUUAACAAUUAGAAAAUGCCUAAUUAAAAGAAAAAAAAAACAUUUUACUCACAGUCAAAUCAUAUUUGCAAACAUUCAUUUUAUGUGUAACAGGGCAGAAGGACAUGGACAAAUCAAAGAGCAUUUUCUACACUUCUUGGCUAUUGAAUUCAUCUUCUUCAUACUCACCUGCUGUUUUUCUUUUUUCUCUCUCUUAUUUUUAAAUAGUUAUUAAAAUCUUUCCAAGUGUUCCAAAGCAUAGGUUAGGGAAAACAUGUUUGAACUUCCAAGGUACAGAAACAAGGUUGAAAGACUCGAUGCCAAAUGUUAGAAUGAAUGGACAGAUAAUUGAGGUUGAUUUGAAGAAAAGCCUUAUAAAAACAGGGCAGGAGUACCAUUAUUAGUGAGUGGGAAAACCCUCUAUGGACUGCUCCAGAGAACAGCCCUGGGCAGUUUCAAAGUAGAUUUCAGCUCAAUAUAAACAAAGAGAAAAGUAUAGGAAGAGCUCCUUCACAAUGAGGGCUGAGGUUAGCUACUAAGUAUAUUCCAGAUGCUAACCAUCUGCUGCAGGGACACAGUAGGUUAGCAUUCUUCAAACUGUUUACACAACAUCUAAACUAGAUACUGUUUUUAGAUGGUUAGCAGAAAAACAGUAUGACAUGGUCAAAUUGUAGGAAAUGUCCUUCUGUGAGAUUUAUCACAAGGAACCGUGGGUUAAAGGCUUGGAGCCUUUCUACAGUAAAGAUAUCUGGGUUGCUUGACUUAAUACAACACUUCCCUAGCUUAGCUGACAACAGGACACCUCCUCCUUGAAACUACAGAAUGAGGAAGAGAUGAUGGAAAAAUUAGACUAGAUGUUUGCUAAGGUGACCAAGGUCGCGCUUGAAGCCCAGGAAAUUAUAUUUAAAUAUUUGAAGAUAAAAUGUAUUAUGAAUAUAAAAUAUAUCCUCUUCUCAGAAAGACAA